GUAAGCAAAAUGGCGUCAUUGUGGACGGUGAUGUCAUUCGUGUUUUCCAUGUUACUGAUGCCCUUCCUUAUGCUACUAAUAGCAAUUGUAUUCUUCGCUUGUAUUGGCAAGUCCCUCGGUGUACGCAGGCUGUACAUCAAGCUGUUGCUGGCCCUCUUCGAGUCCGGCAGACAAAACAUAGAGAGUGCGAAGAAGAGAAACGGCACUCGAGAUGAAGAUGAGAAUCUUAGUACAGAAGAAGAAUGCGAGUCGCAAACGAUCAUGGGAAAAAAUUCUACGGUAACAUCGAAAAAAGCACAAAACGGCUGUGCAGGCAACUUGGUGAUAGCCAGAUCAAAGGACUUCAUCUUAGUUCCGGAGCCAGAAAUGCACAAUCAUGUUGAAGAAUCGAAUCUAAAAAAUGAUCAACAAGAAACAUCAAUUGAUGAAGUUAAAAAGGACAGGCUUAACCAGAAAAAUUCUUUAGAAACAUUAAAAGCCGGAUUUGCGCCAUCAGGUUGCCUAGAUUACAUCAGAGCGGGCGUUGAAGCUAUUAUAGAAGAUGAGGUGACGUCGCGAUUUGAAGCCGAAGAACUUAAGAAUUGGAAUCUGUUAACACGGACGAAUAGAUUUUAUGAAUUUAUUUCUUGGAAGUUAACUUUCAUAUGGAUGAUCGGAUUCGUCAUACGCUAUUGCUUUCUUCUACCCUUAAGGAUAUUUAUUUGCUUUAUAGGGGUGAUGUGGCUGACAGUGUGCACUGCAGUAGUGGGCUACGUUCCGGAGGGUAGCUUCAAGCGGUGGCUGAACUACAAAGUCUCCAUAAUGUGCUUUGCUGUCUUAUCCAGUGCUCUGUCUUCAGUCAUCACAUACAACAACCCAGAGAACCGACCUGUCAGAGGCAUAUGUGUUGCUAAUCACACGUCUCCCAUUGAUGUACUUGUACUGAUGUGUGAUAAUUGUUAUUCCUUGAUAGGUCAGAGACAUGGUGGUUUCUUAGGAAUAUUACAAAGAGCUCUUGCCCGUGCUUCUCCACAUAUAUGGUUUGAACGUUCUGAAGUCAAAGACAGAGAAGCAGUUGCAAAAAGAUUAAAGAAGCAUGUAUCAGAUCCUACAAAUCCACCAAUACUCAUUUUUCCGGAGGGUACAUGUAUCAACAAUACAUCAGUUAUGCAAUUUAAAAAGGGCAGUUUCGAAGUGGACAGCGUUAUUUAUCCUGUAGCUAUAAAAUACGAUCCAAGAUUCGGCGACGCAUUUUGGAACAGCAGUCGAUAUUCGAUGAUACAAUAUUUGUACAUGAUGAUGUCGAGCUGGGCAAUAGUCUGCGAUGUUUGGUAUCUUCCUCCAAUGUAUAGAAAGGAGGGGGAGAGUGCUAUCGAUUUUGCGAAUCGAGUGAAAUCUGUGAUAGCGCGACAAGGUGGACUCGUCGAUUUGCAAUGGGAUGGUCAAUUGAAGAGGAUGAAGCCAAAGAAGGAAUGGAGGGAAAAGCAGCAAGAAGAAUUCAGUAAACGAUUUAAAGUUGAAUGAAAAAUAAACUCAUUGUUUCUAGUCACUUCAAACAUUUCAUAAUGCAAAUAUUGCGUGUUAUUUGUUUGUUUAAACAAAAUAAUUUCAUUCAAUUGGC